AUGCGCGUGACAAGGUCCAUGGCGAGCAGCGAGCAGCUGUUACCCUCCUCUGCAUCCAAGCGGCCCCUCGAUCAACCCUCCUCACACACCCCGACGCUACCGGUGCCACACCUCUUGCCCAAACCGAGAUACCAUGAGAUUUACGACUUCAUCCAGCGACUUCGCGAUGGCAAAGAAUUGGUCAAGUACAAGGAUCAUGAGUUCGCCGUCGUAGUUCGACGUCGAGACUGGCCUUCACUGGAGAAUGAGCUGUUCGAACCAGGAGUGGAGAGCGAGAACCUGAACCGGCACACUGCUGGUUGGGCAGGCGACAAAGUCUACUACAACUACGAUGACCGCACAAGAUCUCUUACCAUCAAAAUGCGCGGUUACGCGCUCUACUGUUCGGUCACAGGAGACCUUAGGUCCCGGCUGUGUGGGAAUUUGGCCAGUGUGAAGAAAGACGUGGAAUUGGGUGACAAGAAACUGGCGGUUAUAGACGCCGGCACUCGUGUCAAGUUCCGAGAUGCUAAUGGUGUCAUCUCGCCAAACGCCAAAAUCCCGUUCUCUGUAGCCGACUUUGUAGCCGAUUCUGCGCAGCCAGAUACGAUCGAUCUUAAUGCUCUACAGCUGGACUUUACGCAUCAAGAGCUUCACGACAUCUUCUCAUACGCAGAAAAGUUUUCACGCAUCGUAGACGAGUAUAGCGACAAGAUGCGUUCUGAAAGGAGGCAGGAGUAUCAAUACGCGGAACUGAGCGAUGCGGAUAGUGAUUCCAACACUUCUGAUUCUAAGGAUGUCGGCACCGAUGGGAACAACAAGGACCAGGGCGAUUCUGAUAUCCUCAGCCAUGUCGAUGAGAAUCUCAGCGAGCAUGGCAGCCCCAGCGCCACGAUUGCCACUUCACCGGCCCCUGCACGUGGCUCACCCCCUCUCAAGAAGCGGAGGCGCGAUGGUCAUGGCAACAUACAGAUUGGCGAGAUCAGAAAGAGCUGA